AUGGCUUCGCGAUAUGGAUCGAAACCUUUUGAGUGUACAGUUUGUCGAAAGCGGUUUACCACAGAUAAUGGCCGUGAUCAACAUCAAAGAGAUGUACAUGGUUAUACAGGUAUCCAUUUUGCACUUGUAAGCGUAUUAUACGCAAAGACGUUUGUAAUGAGUGACCCGCACUAAGCGGAAGUGGGCCUUUCGCAUUCUGAGGCAGUAGUUUUGCCCAAAUCGUCGAAACAUCGUCUCUAUAAGAGUCAAGACACAUAUAGCAAUCACUGCAAAUGUUGGAGAGUCAAGGCGUAUUAAAGAGGAAUGAGGCCUCACUUCCGGUUAGCGUCCGUCGAUCAAAACACCUUAGCUUGUAGCUGAGCUUAGAUUGCGUAGAGGAAAAGUCACGUAUUUUCUCUCCUCAGGUACUACAUUGAGUAAAAUGACUUUAUGUCCCACUGGGUUAAAAUGAAAGGGAAAGCAGUUUAAAUUAAGUCCCAAUUAAAAAGGUGCUUAAUUAGUAUUCUAAUCCUUUGCAUGCCGAGUGAAGUGAUAGGCCGGUUUCGAGUUCCAAAAACUCUCACUUUCAAAACGAGGCUAAGUGCUAAAUUAUGAAAAUGAUACUUAUUUGCAUGAGUAUAAACGCGUUUAACGAAGAAAACAAAAAGAGGAUGGCCUUACAUAGUUUCAUAAUAAUAUGAAUGUGCGUUGAAAAUAUUGUACUUCAGAAUCUAGCAAAGUUACUGGGUUAAACAAUAGCUAAACACAUACAUACAUGUAUACAUACAUACAUACACUUUAUUUAGACAUGGUAAAAACAUCAGUUACAAUAGGACAAUUAAAGUAAUAAAACUGAUUUACAUGUUUGCCGUGUGGGAGUGCGAGGGGGACAUAAGGCAAUUGAUUACAUUUGAAACGUAGUAAAAGAUCUGGCCUCUGUGGCAUUAUGGGGAGGGCUAUUCCACAGCUGUGCACCGGCCCACUGUAGCAGAGACUUCGUUUAAGGAAUUCAGUGCGGGGCCUGGGCAGAGCUAAGGCAAGCAGCCCAAGCAAUGUUUUAGAGGCUUAAAUAAAAUAAAAAGAGAAAUCCGCGAACUUUAAGAAAUGAUCGUCAGUAAUCAGUAAUCUUAUUCUCUUCCAUGGAAAGUUAUUGUUAUGUGAAGAUUUUAUCGAAUUUUGUGAUCUGGCUAUGUGGGUUUACCCGAGGGCAUGUCCCCGUAAGAAUAUUGGAUUCAAGGUUUCUUUAAGAGGGUUUCAUUUUGCCGCCCAUGUCACAUCGAAUUGGCUCGUUUUUCCGCACCACUUCAAGGUAAGGGCGAAGGGGUGGGGUGGGGGGAACGCAUAGUUUUAAAAUAAGUAGUGGCGCUGAUGUUGUUGUUUGGGCCUCCUGUCUUGGUCUGUUUGCUGGCUAUCCUCUACCUGUGUGGUUUUAAAAGUUCUUGUCAAGGUGAGAUGUUAGGCGAGUAAUCUAGAAAAUUCAUGAAGAAUGCUAAAUAACAAUGACCUAAAUUGUUUGUCGACAGUUUCAAAAGAAAGGUCAAUCCCUUGUUCAUAUCCAUUCUGCACCCGUAAGCGUAAAUUUCGAUACGAGUUUGACCUGAAGCAACAUCUGGAAAACCCUGGCAAGUGGCAUGGGAAAAAAGGUAAUAUUGGCAAUUGUAAAACCUUAACAUACACUGUUAAUACGAUGGGUCAAUGUGUCAUGAGCCAAUGAGUCAUUUAAAUAAAACGAAUCCCUAAAUGUUAACCAUUUUCAAGUCAGUGCUAAGAUUCUGCUAAAACUGUCACUAUUUUCAGUGUUCAAUGCUGAUCGAACUCAUAACUUGACUCGUGACUCAUUGACUCGUUUGACUCACAAAGCAAGCUUUCUCACUGCAUGAAGGGAACCUAGUUCAAGAGGCGAACCUACUACAUUGAAUUAAGUAUAUGAAAAGUUCGGCGUCUGAAUCAAUUUGGAACGGUUCAGCCGUUUUUUUCGCCUAGCCUGACCGAGAAUUUCGCCUUUGGAGCGACUUUAGAACGGCUUUGAUUCAGACGCCGAACUUUUCAUGUACCUAACCUAAUGCAUAAAUUAUUAUAAAGUAUUUUGUAAGUAGUUUGACCGAAUUGAGCAUUUUUCUCCUUUUGAAUUUAGUUCGGCUGGAAUUAAGAUCGGCGUCUGAAUCAAUUCAGCCGGUCCAAAUAAAUUGGGUUCGGUCUUAAUUCGAAUUAGGUUCGGUUCAUGAAAAGUACGGCGUCUGAACUGCCUUAGGCAGUGGUUAUUCCCAAAUCUGGGCAGUGGUUAUUCUUAAAACUUCAGGGCUCAGACGGCAACGAAACGGCAAAAAAGCAAUAGGUUUUAUAAGCAAAACAACAACUUCGCACGUCCACCACGCGUGUUUGUAAAUUUCUUUGAGGGUGCUAUCAGGGUUAACCGUUAGCUUUCAAACGGCCUAAAAUUUAACCGUCAGCCGUCGGAAAUUGGUCCUUUUUAUCGUCAACCGGCAAAUAUGCAGAUCAAUGUUAGCCGUCAAAAAGUUUCAAGGUAUUUUAAGGUGGCUCGAUACAAUUCUUCAGGGUCAAUACCUCCCAAGUUUGAGCAUCAACUGCAUCGCCAUAAACAAAGAUUUGGAAAAAUUGUCACCACAAUUGUAUUAUAUAAAGGUGAAAAUUUGCUAUGAUCAGGGUAGCAAUGACAUCGGAGUUGUCAUAGCAACGAAAUGACGCCAUUACCUAUUUUACUUGCAGCAGUAUUUGUCGGCACAGGGAACUGUUCUUCCAAAAUCGUUUACUGGAGCUUUUUCCUCCUAUAGCCGCCUCGAUGUUCGCGAAGUUUAAGCGCAAUCUGUAAGAGCGUUAUCUAGAUAUUUUGGAAUGAAGGUUUUAAGCUUAGAAAUACAAUAAAAAUGGACAAUCUUGAUGUUUGGCCGUUAUCUGUAGAAAACGAAGCGCUUUUGACAUGUAAUUUCACCUCAUAGUAGUUCAAUCUUUUUAAAAACGUGGGUGAAAGAUCAUGGAGAUAGCUCCAGCCGAUUGCUAGAAAGAAGGAUUGGACUGGUAUGUAUCGAGGCGCUCUAGUUAGCGGUUUUGUAAACAUUUUGGUCUACUUUAACAAAUUAGCGAAUAAUUUUUAAUACACUCGAUAGAUUUUUUCAAAAAAUUGAGAUUCAUCAGGUUAUGGGCUCCUGAUUAAGCGGAUUAAGCGUCGUUUUAGCAGGGACACCCAACGUUAAUUUUUGGAAAAUAUCUGUUCGGAAGACGAAUUGAGAUCUAGAAUUUUCAGAACAUUUGUUGCAAAAUUUCUUGCUUGCCUGCCUCUCCUAGGAUUUUCGAACAUCAAAAAAUGGUAUAACUGCCCAUUUUCAACGGAUUUUUACCCUUAAAAAGGUCACCUACAAUUUUCGGGAGCCUUUUUUCUAGCUGAAAUUUUCGAAAAGGUAAGUUUUGAUCCCUAUAAUUUUCGGAUCACUAGACUUUCAGCUAGGAAAUCCGAACAGAUAAAAAGGGGGGGGGGGGGGGGGGGGGGGGGGGGGGGAAGGGGGCUAAAGCCCCCCAGCCCCAUCCCCUGCGCGGUCCCUGCUAACACGAGCGCCUCGAUACAUACUAAUCAAAUCUUUCUUUCUAGCAGUCAGCUGGAGCUAUCUCCAUGAUCUUUCACACACGUUUUUAAAAAGAUUGAAACUAGUAUGAGGUGAAAUUGCAUGUUAAAAGCGCUUCUUUUUCUACAGAUAACAGCCGAACAUCAAGAUUGUCCAUUUUUCACUGUAUCUCUGACCAUAAAAACUUCAUUCGAAAAUAUCUCGAAAACUCUCAAAUAGAUUUCGCUUAAAACUUCACGAAAAUCGAGGCAGCUAUUGGAGGAAAAAACUCCCGUUAACGAUUUUGGAAGAACAGUUCCCAGUACCGACAGGAGGGGGUUCGUUGUUAUGACGACUCCGAUGUCAUUGCAACCCCGAUCAUAACAAAUUUUCAUCUUUAUCCAAUACAACAAUGGUGGCAAUUUUUUCAAAUCUUUGUUCAUGUUAUGGCGACGUAAUUUAUGCUCAAACUUGGGAGGUAUUGACUCUGAAAAGCUGUAUCGAGCCACCUAAAAUCUCACUGUUUCAGCUGAGAUUCACGGACCUGAAGAAAAAGCCGUUCCCAUUCUUGAAAACACUCUCUAGAGACACUUCAAGACCUUACAACUUGCUCAUAUCUGAAAUAUUUCGGAAAUUCAAAAGUGAAAGGCCAUGGGCAUGACAACCUCAAAAACACAACAAUUAUUAUCAAUUAAUAUUGAGGUAAAUGUUUACGUAAACUCUUGAACUAAAUUUCCACUUAAUAACUGUCAACCGUCAAAAGCUCUGAAAUUUAACAGUCAACCGUCGAAGCUACCACCCCAUUGGGACCGUUUUCUUUGCCGUUGUUGCAAGACUUCAACGUAAAACUUCCCUAGUUUUACGUUUUCCGGUUAGCGUCCAUCGUUCAAAAACCCCUCACCCUAGAUUUUGAUUUGAACAAUAACAGUUACAUUUUUGGUGUGGUACUUCUUAAACUUGUAAAAUGCCUUGUAUCGGUUGAAACGUCAAAUCCCACUGGAUGAAUAAGAAUUUUAACUGAAAGCAAUUUUUCAAAAUUACGUUCAGAAAAGGCUUUAAAUAAGCAUUUGAAAACCCUUUGCAUACCGAAUGAAAAAAAUUGAAGUGUUUGGUUGGAGAUCAGACCAGGUGAGGGGAGGGUGGUUGAUGUGGCCCGGCGUAUGUACUCGAACAUUCGGUAAUCGAAUCAAUCGAAUUAAAUCGAGUUUGAUCGAACGAUUAAGUUCGAUUGCCGAAAACGAUCGAUCAAAAUCGAACUCACCAAACGUUUGGACAAUCGAACGUUAACACAAUCGAACGUUCGAUUUCCGACCUUUUGAUCUGACAGUUGAAGAAAAAUGGUCUCAACUGGUUUUGCGUGGAAAAAACACUUUGGCAGUCAUAGGCUCCUGCUGAUAUAUAACGAUUAGAAAUACGUUAUCGUAAAAAUCUCAUGAAGCUGAAAAGGGUCAGCAGUGAGAAUAAAGGGAAACAAGGCAAGGGGAAAAUUACAUGAACAAAAAACUAAAACUAGGCAGAAAAAAAUGUGUAAAGACACCGAAAAUUUCCACUCGGAGAUUCGAACCUACAUCAAGAGCCCAUUAUGGCUCUUGUCAAAAUUCAUUAUGAAUUGGGCAGUCCUGCUACCUCACAAACAUUUCGCUGAAUUUUUUGUAAUUGUUUGUUUAGUUUCAGAUGAUAUAAGAGAUAAUUCUAGCCUGGAUUUGAACAAAUUCAUACAUGAUGAGCUACAGCCAAAUGAAAAAUUUCAUCGUCUGUUUAAUGAUGCUGUUGAUUCAUUGUACCGAGAACUUCAGACAGACUUGAAGGGUACAGAGUAUGCAGUUCAUAACCUGAUCAAGGUUGGUGGUCAGACAGCCCCCCUCCCUUCGCCCGAAAAGUGGGUGGUUAAGAAAGACGCCGGGGAAAAGGUGUCGUUGUAGAUGUUGUUAAUUUUCAUCAAUAUCCCUAGAAGAUACUGGAUGUCUUAAAAAGGACGUGGCACACAAUAAACGGGCGGCGGUUGAAAAUGUUUGCCUCUCCGAUAGUUUUCAAUACAUUCGAAGAUGCUAAGGAAUAGUGAAAUUUGAAAUAAUUUGUUAACUUCCUGAAAGUUCAAGAUAAACUAAGUCGUUCCACGAAUACCUGUAUCGGUUCACCCUCCUUCCCUCAAUAAUUUUUCGUGGGUUUGCUUGGGCGUAAACGUCUUAAAAAUCAAUAUUGAUGGGGAAGGGGAAAAGAAAUUCGCAAGUGUUUCAACAAUUAUAACCGAGAUGUAGCUUUCAUGCCAAAUCCAUUAAAAGCAAGAGACUAUAAUGGGAACAGAGAGGGCAUCCCCCAUAUACACCCCAUUCCAUAGGUAAUUCGUCUCGAGUUAUUUUUAGAACCGCAGAUCCCAAGGGGGAUUGGACAACAGCCAAUCACAUAGCGCGAAUGUAUUCCGCGUGGACGACCCACGCUAGAGCCACGCGUCCUCCACGAAUUGACGCGGAACAAAAUGGGGGAAGACGCGGAGAGCGAUUUUGCUAUUCCUUUUGUCGACGAAAACGACUAAAGCGAGAUUUCUGCGAAAGCUGUGUCAGCGAAACGGAAAUUAAAAAAGAAUCGCCCUUCCUCUCUUGUAUAGAGCUAACAGUACAGCAGGGAAAUCCUAAACACACUGAAUAUUCUCUCAGGAUCAUUUAUAAUUUACAGUUUGAAGAGAGCAAUUUCUGGUUUGAUAUUUAUUCCUUUAUUAAUCUUUUAUUAUUCAACAAAAAUAACACUUGGCGUCCUACUUGCCUUAUUAGGGACUUUAAGAUCCAACGGCGCGACGGCGACAAGAACGUCGCUUAAAAAGUGAGUUUGAGUUUUUUCAGUCUUUAUAGCGAUUAUUCCUACCCACUUACUUUAUCAAUUGUAGGCGAACCCUCCUGAAGCUGAAUUUCAAGGGACCAUAUUCAAGCUCAGAGAGAGAAAUAAAAUUUCGUCGUUGCUUGUUUACGUCCUCCAUAAAACGCGAAAUUAGGCAUUUUCACGUCGUAGUCGUGCAAAAACAGGAAAGAAAUGAACAAAAAAGUGUGUUGCACGUGCGAAGUUGUUGUUUUGCUAAUUAAACCUAUUGUUUUUUUGACGUUCUAGUUGUCGUCCGCGUCGUUGGAUCUUAAACUCCCUAUUGUACAAACGACCGGUUUCAAUAGACCGGCGAAAUUUCUCAUUUGAUUAAAGCACUGAGGUUACGACAACUUCGAGUUAAACUGAUUUCACGGGUUGUCAAAGAGUCCAGCGAUUCCUUUUUCCCAGGUGAGCGCCGACUCAUUUCGCUUCAAUAUUCAAGAAUGCUCUCGAUCUUUUUACGCUUUCAUUGCCUUUCGCCCGACAUGUUUUGCACGGCGUUUAGUCAUGCGAAACCUCCACGAAACAUCCACUCCUCGCGCGAGGUAACUUAAUCCCGAUUCUAAAUAUAACUCGAGACGAAUUACCUAUGGAAUAGGGUGUAUAUGGGGGAUGCCCUCUCUGUCCCCUUUAUAGUCUCUUGAUUAAAAGUUAAGGUUAGCGUAUCCGGUACUUUUGCCCUGGAGUCUCCUUCUUGCUAGACCUAGGGUCACGGUUGUCGUGUGGUCUCGUCAGUGUAGCACGAAAGCGAUAAAAAAUGUUGUGACUAGAUCCUACACGCCUACAUUGUCUUUGUAGGGUGGAUCCAUAGCAAAAGGCACUGCAAUAAAAAACGACGCCGACUUGGAUUGCGUGAUGGUCAUGAACAGCAUUGACAACGCUUCACAGUUGAGAAAGAAACUACUCGCCAUCAAGGAUAAGCUUGAGUCAUGCUUGACGGGCAGCAUAGGGGGCUCAUGGAAAUUGGUUUCUGAGCAGAAGGAAACGCGGUUCUCCUUGCAGUUUAGCAUGUCACGUUACCCAGGGGAGACUGUUGAGGUUGAUCUCUUGCCAACAUUUGAAGCAAACGUACGGCCGGACAUCGAUGCCUUUUUAGGUACGUAACAGGAGGAGUUGCAACUUUGAGUUACUCAUAGAGUAGUUAGUGCACGGCUUUUUUAAUGGGAAGCCCCCUUGAAGAAAUUCCCAGUUAACUCAACGUUCAUAAUCAAACCUUACUUAACUCAUCGACAGCUGCUUUUUACCUUAUGUAAUUGUUCACCCGGUUUUCAAUAAGUCCGCAAAAUGUCUCAGUAGCCUCCCUCGCAGACAUUCUUAGGGAAGGAACGCGUGACGCACCCCUAAGAAUGUCUGCGGGGGAGGCUACAAAAUGUCCAAAAUCAGCUAAGAUUUGUUUUGUUUUCCCUUUUUGGUCAAAUUAACAUCUGUUUCCAGUAUGGCAAUCUCUUUUUUACUACCUAUUGUGAUCUUAAUUUUGAACUGAUUUAUUAUUGCAUCUUUAUCACUAAUACUUCUUUCAUGCCAUUCUGAAUUCUUUUUCUUUCCAAUUAAUUUGAAGAAACUGUACCCUGAAAUUUUUUCUGUCACUUGUAUGACCCACGCCGCACUGUGCUCAUUUCAUUUCCUUUUCAUCUCAGUGUGUUUUUUUUUUUGGACAAAAGACUGGUCUUCACUUUGUUGCAUCAUCUUAAACCGUUCAUUUAAUUUUGUUUGCCACCAAUAUCUUCCAUUAGUUUGCUAACAACAGGAGCAAAAUUCAUAUCGUUAGUAACGGGCUUGCACACGCUCAAAUCCCUACCCGGGGGACAGUUCCUGAAAUCAAAUUCCUUGCAUUGGUAGGCAGUAGUUCCCCCAUACCGAUGCUGACUCUAGCGUUUAACAUUUCACAUGUAGGUGCAACAGACCUAAAUAACCAUUGCUCGCAUAUUAAACGACUUAAUUGGGUCGUUGGUCAACUGCUUUUCAGUGUAGCUACAAAGAUGCAUAAUUUUGAGAAGUGAUUCAUCAGCGUUUAGUAAAAAUAAUUUUAUAUAAAUGUUGAAUCUAUUCAAUGCCUUAGAACGGGAAAAGUUUUACAGAAACAUGCUUGACGACACAACCAACUGGCAAUAUUAUUCGGCCGCGCUUGUGUUGAUUCAAAGACACUUCGUCACGGAACGGCCUGCACUCGUAAAAGACCUGAUUCGAUUGGUGAAGUAUUGGCGCAAGACGUUCCUUCCAAAGAAAAGUGCUAAGCGCCUUCCCCCCUCUUAUCUACUGGAGCUUCUCACAAUACAUGCCUGGCAAAAUGCAAAUCGUCCAGAGAGAUUUGACGUGAAGAUUGGCUUUAAAGCUGUUAUAGAAUCUCUAAAGAAUCACCAACGUCUUCGUGUUUCUUGGGGAGAUUACUACAGAGAGGAUUUAAUUCCAAGCAGGUACAUUCAUAGAGUUUUUAAAAUUAAUGUAACUAGGAUUAAGGAGCGCUUUUUAACUGGUAUUCCCUUUUUACCUUAUUUCAAUAAGUUGGCCGAGUGGUUAGAGAGCUUGGACUUGCAACUCGGAGGCCCCGAGUUGAGGUCCCGCUCUGACCACUAGCUGGAUUUAUUCACAGUAGUCCCGAGUUCAAAUCCUCGGUCAUGUUUGUAAAAUUUAAUAGCCAGCUGGGAUUCUUACCCCUGUUAAGUUUGAUUUAAAUUAUUUGUUUCAGAUAUUUGCUCGGCCCCACUAGCAUUAGUGUCAUAAACACUGCCGAGGGUAAAUAACGGAAUUAUUAUUAUCAUUAUUAUUAUUAUGGUUGUUAUUAGUUGCAAAAUCUAACAGAAUGUCUCUCGAGGCAAGAAAUUGAAACACGCUAAUUUUAAAAAUAUAGCAAUUAAACGAAUUUUCUUUUACUGGAGAAUUUUAUUUAUGGCAUAUUUUCGUUUUUUGCAUUGCAGUCUCAAGCGUGGGCCAUAUAUCAUUGACCCAGCAAAUCCAACCAAUAACCUGUACGACAAAGUUAAGUGUUGGCCUUUGGUGAAAAAGGUUGCAGAAGAAACCACGCAGAAACCCCUUCUCAGAAAU